AUGCAUGUUUACCGUGGAAAACGCACACCAGCUGUAGACACGCUCUCUCUUGCCAUUCCUAAAGGAGAGUGUUUUGGAUUGCUUGGAGUUAAUGGUGCUGGAAAGACAACUACCUUUGGCAUGUUAACUGGUGAUGUAAGGAUGUCAGCCGGUACAGCUUACAUGGGAGGAUGUGAUAUACAGACACAAAGGAGAAAAGUGCAACAGCGAAUAGGAUAUUGUCCCCAGUUUGAUGCUCUAGUAGAACUACUGACCGGUCGUGAAGUCCUCAUGUUGUUUGCUCGUCUGAGGGGAAUCCCCAGUAGUCAACUGAUGUCUAUUGUAGAUCAUACUAUUGAUCAUCUGAACCUAAACAAGUGGCAGGAUAAACUAUGUGGCACUUACAGUGGUGGAAAUAAGAGAAAAUUGAGCACCGCAGUAGCUCUGGUUGGCAACCCGCCCAUUGUUCUUCUUGAUGAGCCAACAUCUGGUAUGGAUCCUAAAGCUCGUCGUUAUCUCUGGGAUUCACUGACAUCCAUCAUGGAAGGAGGACGCUCUAUCAUCCUCACAUCACAUAGUAUGGAAGAGUGUGAAGCUCUUUGUACUAGACUGGCUAUAAUGGUCAAUGGACAGUUCAAAUGCCUUGGAAGUACACAGCAUCUUAAGUCCAGAUUUGGUACUGGUUAUACCCUGAUCAUAAAAACAAGUACCCCAGCAUUAAUUGAAACCACCAAAGCAUUUAUAGCCCAAGGUUUCCAGGGUGCAGUCUUACUUGAACAACAUCAGCAAAUGGUGCAUUACCAAGUGGACAAUGGAAAUACCAACUGGGCCUUUAUUUUUGGUCUCUUGGAAGAGAAUAAAGAAAGGCUAGGUAUCGUAGACUACAGCGUCAGUCAGACCACAUUAGAACAGGUCUUUAUCAACUUUGCAAAGCAUCAACACAUUGAUCCACGUGUCAAGUCUGAAUAAGAAGACUACACCUCAACAGUUUGUUGCCUGUUCGACAGAUCAUCAGUGUAUGAAUUUAGUGUUGAUAAAUAGUCUACACAGAGUUCCUGUUGUUCUCACAAUUCAUUAGUGUAUAAACGGAAACACAGUCUGAGUAAAAAGACUACACAGUACCAUGUACAUGUAUUUCUUAUUAUCUGCACAUUAAGUUAGAUUCAUGAGAGGAUAGACCAGAUACAAAGACUUAACCUUAAAAAACUUUUAAUUGUUUAGUGUUUAACUUUAUGAAGUCUGUAUUAAUGUAAAGGAAAUAAAAUAUAGUGCCACAUUUUCUCUGUUACUUACCGCCCUUACACACUGUAAAAAAUUGUAAUUUGAAUGAUGAUUCCAGUGAAAAAUAAGGCUAAUAACAAAUUUUUAGCACGUUUGAAACCAAACUAGAAUCACAAAUGCUUAUCACAAUCACGAAUUGAAAUUCUACUCCAGAGGUGAAUUCCAGUAGUGUCACUCAAAUUACAGUACGAAUUUUAUGUGUGAAAUGCUUGUCCUCCAAAACAUUUUUUGGGGAGGCGGAGCUUAAGUGUCCUUUCAAGCACUUCCGUAUAUAAUACAAUUGUCAUGCACUCAUCGUAUUGAUGCAGUGCUUUGAUUGACAAGUCACCAAGAACACAUACCGCCUUUGCUCGGGAAUUCAGAUUCAAAUCCAGUUUUGAGUAAGCGUGUGAAAGGUCCGAUGAUUCUAAAGACGAAUUGCAGAUUCAUGUGUGAAAAGGCCCCUAGUGAGGCACUUCUGUAUUUUUGUUUUCAAGACAUGUGAUACGUUUGCAAAUACAUGAAAGAUUGUCUAUUAAGAUGGACUUAUAUGUACUUAUAUAGCAUUUAGACAAGUGUAAAGAAUGUGUUAUCAGAAUGCAUGAACUUUAUAAAAAGUGAUUUAUGAAAAAUAUAUGCACUUAUGGAAUACAUAAAAAUUUCCAAUGAACAAAUUGUAUUAUAAGUUUUAACUUUUUGGUGAUUAAAACUGUGUGAUAUAUUAAGAUGUGCAAAUAUUUUUAUCAAAUAAUUGGUGUGGUGUGUGAUUCCAUCUUCAAACCUCUGAUUCACAGAUUGCCUCCUUUACAGUGUUUGUUUUUAUUUAUUGAUUUGUAUUUAUAUAUCAAUGUGAUAGAAUAUAAGCAUUCAUUUAUUGUGCAUGGGAAGUUUGGACAUUGUGUGAUAUAAUAUUUGUUGUUUAUGAACCCAGCAUGGAAGAUUUUAUUUCUUCUGUCUGCUUUUUAAUCAUUUUUCAAAUGUGAAUCAAUUUAGUAGAGAUGUGGUAUUGUAAUAUAUCUCUUAAAUGUCUUGUUUUAUUUUUUAUUUGAAUUUCUUUGUGAAGUGUUGUAGUAGACAUUGAAUUUUGAUUACAGUACUACUAAUAGUCUUAGAAUAGUGAUGUGGAGGUACAUUCUCACUCAAUGAGUAAGUCUAUUACACUACUUGGUGGUGUUGCAUAAAACAGUUACCUACACAGGUUAUUAUGCAUGGUUGCUGCCCAGUGCUGCUCUUGCUCUAAUUUUUACUGGUGUUUCCCCCACACAUGAAACUGGGUUGUUAUUCAAACUCUGAACUCAAAACAUGAACUUUGCAUUUGUUAGAAAUAAAGAUUUUAAUCUACAAAGAUUGAAUUGUAACUUAAGCUCGCAAGAAUAGACGAGAUUUGUAAUUUGAAUUAGCACCCCAAAACGUACUACUGGUUGUACAGAAGUUGUCCGCAACUUAAGAACUGCCUUGUGAAACUCCCAUUUGGCACUUUUGUAAUUAUAUAAGUAUUUGAUAGUUUGUGAAUAUUUUAUAGACUUAAUUUGUAUAUAAGUGAUAUAAAAGAUAGUACAAUGUCACACGAGUUGGUUUGUUAGAGGCAUAUCGGUUGUUUAUAUUUCUAUGCUGUAUAUAUCAAAAUAAGUACUAGAAGUACAGGUAUUAUUGCCAGUUUUGAUUAUAAAAAUCUUUCAGUCCUGAUAUGAAAUCUUCAAUGUCAAGUCCUCAUAACAGAUUAUAUGACAUAAAAAUUUGAAAAAUCACUCUUCCUCAAGUGCUGUUAUACUGUACUCACCAUUUUUAUUUCAUAUCUAAUAUUCCUUGAUUUUGGUUCAAAACCCAUAUUCACAAGAAUUAAAAUAAAUGCCUCUAACGCAUGAUUUGUAAAUGGGUCUCCGUACUGUUUGUUAUGAUCUAUUGUGGAAAGAGCAGAACAGUAGAAGUAGGUUUUAGGAUCCUCUGAUUGGUUUCAAUUUUAAUAGGAAUAUUUAGUGGAUUGUUAGGAAUGAACUGAACAUGAUAUAAUAUUCCUGCAAUCUAUAAAAAGGCAGGUUCUUAAUUUUGAGAUCCAGGGGGUGUUUCACAAAGAUUAAAGUAUGACUUAGAUGCGUGAGGUAUAAAAGUCAUGGGAAACAAAAAAAAUUCUCAUGUCACACAACUUGCAUUGCAGGACAGUGUUUUACGACGGGCCCAAAAGUCUCUUCCAAAAUCUGUCUGCGGUGCACAGCGAAAGCUUGGGAAUAUUCAAGUUUGUACCUCAAAGCACCAUACUGCCUUUGUCACGUGCAAUGCCUCUUAUUCCAUGUAGUUUUCAACAUCAUAUAAUGGAUCAAUAUAAAUUCAUACAAGUAGUGUACAGGAAGAAGCAAUAUAUAAAUAAUAAUAAAGUAAGUGCAUGCUAUACCAUGCCUGAAUAUCUUGCAUAUACCUUGAUGUAUUCAUGUAUUUAAUUCAAUACUUUCAUUUGCAAUAUCAAAGUCUUUCUAAAUUUAUGAUGUUGUAUAAUCACAUACAUUGACUUGUUUUAUUAUAGAACCACUUGGAAAUAGUUUUUAUUAUCAAUAUUAUUUAGAUGUAUGAUAAUGUAUGAAUUACAAAGUUAAUUCUUAUUGAAACUUCAAAAGAGGCUCAAGAGGAAAGAAUUAUUUGUAUGUGUGCAUUUUAAACUCUUAAUGUGUUUUUCUUGUAGAAGACAUUCAUUUAAUUCUCUCUUGUGUGUGUUUCAAUCUUUCUCAAGGCUGCACAAAAAAUUGCACAAUAUUCCACUCUUCAUUCAACUUUAUUUACUUUUCAUUCAGAUUGUAUUAUGUUGUGUAAAUGAUUCAUAUCUGUGGCUGAACAUUUCUACAUGUCACUCAUUACAUGGAAUAUUGGUGUAAUGUCUUGCAGUACUCUGUCAUGUGUUUAUUUAUAAUCGUUGUACUCUUUUUCAUUGCUGCACAUAUUUGCUGAACGAAUGUAAGUUUACACUUUGAAAUAGUCUAACAAUUUCCUAUCAUAUAUACUGAAUACUUCUAAGACAUCAAAAUAUAUUUAUUCUAUUUAAUAUUUCACGUUUUUUCACAUUUCUAUAUGUAUAUGGCAAAUUGAUGUAAUAUAUUUUACAAGAGUUUUGAUUUAUAAAUUUAUAUUCAUCAUUUGUUGAAGUUUCCUGUUCCACUAUUUCAGACCAAACACUUUAGGAAGAGUUCUAUUUAUAUACUGUAUUCAAAUAUUCCAUCCAGCUUAUUUUGUCACCAAAGAUCUCUGUGAACUAUCUCUUGCAUAUUAAGGAACAAUUCCUACAACAAAUUAUGUUGAAUAUUUAUCUGAGUUUUCACAAUUUUACAUCAUAAAAAGGCAUCAUAUAAUAAUUCGUUGAGAACUGAGAUUAACAAUUUUUGUGUGACUCAUUGUCACCAUUGCCUUGUUAUAACAAGAAUCCUUUUUUGAGAAGGAUUAAAAGCAAUUAUUAAGGGCUAUAACCACACUAAUGUUAACAAUAUGAUCUACACUAUACAGAUAUGUGCUGUUUUUUAUAUCUCUAACUCUUAUUUUGGUCUUUUAUCUCUUUAAUAUUUUAAUAAUUUGUAAUUUCUAAUUCUGCUUUGUUUUAUGUCAAAUAUAUCAUUCUUAAAAGAUUAAAGCAUUUUGUACCAGUAGCGUGUUAACCAAAGCAUAGGAAUGAAUGGAAGACUUGAUUGUACAGUUUCAUAUGAAAGAGCAACUGUUUGUUAUUUUUUAAGGGGCAGUUGAUAGUGUCAGUUUAAUAUCACAUUUAAUGCUAAAAUAAUUCAUUACAAUAAAGUAAUGAAUUAUGGUAAUCUUUGUGAAGGAAUGGAUUGUGUUUGUCAAAAUGAUAUGAGUUUAUUAUUUCUUUACAAAACUUCAUGAUUGUUGUAUAUAACAACAAAAAUCCUGUAAAGCCAA